AGGGACCAAAACCUGAAAAGGCUAGCAAACCUUCCACGACGAGUCAUAAAUACUCCCAAAGACAUAACCAAUGUGAACUCAAAACUCAACCAUAAACUCUUAAUUAAAUUCUUGACUUUUCAUCUCCCAAUUUCAUUGCAUUGCAUCUUCACCACCCCAUCCACCUACACUCUAUUCUCUCCCUUUUUCCCAGAUUCUCUCUUUAAUAUAUUCCUUUUUUUUUCAUCACACCGUCCAAACCUUCUCUCAUAACCUCAAACUUCAACCAUAACAUAACUCUCUCUCAAACCCAACCGACACACCUACAAACCCAAAAUUAUGCAAAAACCAAAACAUUCAUUUCUCAUCCUCUUCUUCUGUUUCUUACCUUGUUUAUCAUUCUCUUCUACUACUGUUAUAACCCAUCAAUUCAAAGAAGCACCAGAAUUUUACAAUUCCCCAGAAUGCCCCUCCAUUACCGACGCUUCAAAUUCAAAACCAACCGUCCAAGUCGCAAUGACACUCGACACAACAUACAUCCGAGGUUCCAUGGCAGCAAUCUUAUCAAUCCUCCAACACUCUUCAUGUCCACAGAACAUCUUCUUCCACUUCGUUUGUUCCUCUAACGCCUCCAAUCUAAACGCCACAAUCUCAACCUCUUUCCCAUAUCUCAAAUUCCAUCUCUACACCUUCGACGACACCACCGUCUCUGGCCUCAUCUCAACUUCAAUCCGUUCAGCUCUCGAUUGUCCUCUCAACUACGCUCGUACCUACCUACCAAAUCUCCUACCACUUUCCGUUACCCGCGUCGUCUAUCUCGAUUCCGACCUUAUUCUCGUCGACGACAUUGCAAAACUAGCACAAACACCGUUAGGAGAAGACUCUGUUUUAGCAGCACCGGAAUACUGCAACGCGAAUUUCACAUCCUAUUUCACUCCAUCGUUCUGGUCUAACCCUUCUCUGUCUCUAACGUUUGCUAACAGAAAGCCUUGUUAUUUCAACACGGGUGUGAUGGUGAUUGAUCUAGAAAGAUGGAGAGAAGGGGAUUAUACUUCAAAGAUCGAGGACUGGAUGGAGUUGCAGAAGAGAAUGAGAAUCUAUGAACUGGGUUCUUUGCCUCCUUUUUUGCUUGUUUUCGCUGGGAGUAUUGCUUCGGUGGAUCAUAGAUGGAAUCAACAUGGACUUGGAGGAGAUAACUUUCGUGGUCUUUGUAGAAAUCUUCAUCCUGGUCCAGUGAGUUUGUUGCAUUGGAGUGGAAAAGGUAAACCUUGGGUUAGAUUAGAUGCUAAUAGACCUUGUCCUUUGGAUGCACUAUGGGCACCCUAUGAUCUGUUACAAACUCCAUUUUCUCUUGAUUCUUGAUCAUUGAUACAUAUAUAUAGUAUAUAUAUAUACAUAUACAUAUACCAGUAGUUAUAUACAAUUUGAAUUUAAUGGAUGGACUUUCAUGAAAGUUUGAGACCUGAGAGUGCUUCAAAAAGGUUGAUCUUCUUUGGGGAAAUACUAUUAUUGCGAAUGAAGCAAAGAUUGGGCGGAAAAGGUGGUCUUGGAGAAGUUGGUGGUGAGUGAGAUUUAUGAUUUUUGCAAUGACAGUAAAUUGAUUCUUGUGUUGUUAAUAUUUUGUUGUUGAUAAUUGUUCUGUUAUUUCUUUCAAAUAACUGUGCAUAUCAAAAUAUCUCUGUAAUUUGGAUGCUAGAAUUCAUGAUUCAUGAACCACUCUUUAUUUUUUGAUUACUGAUAAUAACGAGGACGCAGUAAAGUUCCGUGGAGACACUAGAUUGUUUAA